AUGGAUGAUGAAUCUCUCUCUCGACAUCCCAUGGAUGACUCAAUAAAAUCAGCAGCAAGCACUGUGGCCUAUGAUCUCGUCACUUUUUACACCGGCAACAAUACAGGCGAGGUCCCUGGAAAUCUUCCAGAUCCCUACUAUUGGUGGGAGGUGGGUGCAUUCUUUGGAAGUCUCAUCAGCUAUUGGGCCUACACGGGGGACACGACAUACAACUCGAUUACCGUUCAAGCGAUGGAGCAUCAAGCCGGUGAUAAAGGAGAUUUCAUGCCAUCUAAUCAAACAUACACUGAAGGAAACGAUGACCAAUGCUUCUGGGCACUCAGUGCUAUGAUGGCUGCAGAACGAAAUUUCACAAAUCCCUCUUCAUCAUCGCCAGGAUGGCUUGCCAUGGUACAGGCCGUCUUCAACGAGCAGGCAAAUCGUUGGGAUACAUCUAGUUGUGCCGGAGGUUUGCGUUGGCAGAUCUAUACGUGGAAUGCUGGAUACGAUUACAAGAAUACCAUCGCAAAUGGUUGUUUCUUUGACAUUGCGGCACGUCUUGCGCGAUAUACUGGCAAUGAAACAUAUGCGGAAUGGGCCAAUAAGGCAUGGAACUGGUCAAAGAGUGUUGGACUUAUUACAUCCGACUACCAAGUCUAUGAUGGAACAACUGAUGCUAGCAAUUGUACCUCCUACGACAGAACGCGUUGGUCAUAUACUGCUGGAAUCUAUCUUCAUGGUGCAUCCGUUAUGUACAACUAUACAUACUCGUUAUCCGCAAACUCAUCUUCUACCUCAGCAUGGAAGACAAGAUUAAAUGCGCUACUGUCCAAAACAGACCAUUUCUUCUCAACGAACGUCUCAAGUACUGAUGUGAUGUAUGAAGUGCCCUGUGAACUAAGAGGAAGCUGUGAUACAGAUCAACUGUCAUUCAAGGCGUACCUUUCUCGAUGGAUGGCCGAUGUAACGCAGUACGCACCGUACACAUAUGAUACAAUAAUGACAAAACUACGCGCGACUGCUCAGGCUGCAGUUAGUCAAUGUCAGGAUGGGACGACAGGCACAUAUUGUGGGUUUCGCUGGUCGAGUGGCAGUUAUGAUGGAACAACUGGUGUUGGUCAACAGAUGAGCGUUCUUGAAGUUGUCCAGGGACUUCUUGCUGCUGAUAUUGGUGGACCUGUUACUUCAACCACCGGAGGCAGUAGUGAAGGUAAUAGUGCAGCUGGAACCGAAUCUGAUGAGGAUGAUGAGUCGCCUAUUCACUACUCCGACAUUACAACGGCGGAUACAGUUGGUGCAUCAAUAUUGACUGCCUGGGUUGUUACUUUGGCCAUUUCUGCUGUGUAUAUGAUGGUUUCAUAG